CCCGGAAACGAGGCGGCUGCGGGGUUGGGCAGGCGCCUGCGUUGCCGUAAGUGAUGCGAGCGGCCGCGGCGGGGAACCGGGAGGUGGAAGCGGAGCCGCGGAGCUGCGGGAUGGGGGGCGGCGGCCGUGGGCUUGGGUUGUGCUUGCUGCUGGCCCUGGUGGGGCCCAGCGAAGCUCUGCAAAACGUCACCGCCCAGCUCUUCGGUGGGGAGGCCUACGGAACCCUGGCGGCGUUCGGCGACUUCAACUCUGACAAGCAGACAGACCUGUUCGUGCUGCGAGGCGGAAAUGAGUUGAUUAUCUUUUUGGCUGACCAAAAGGAGCCCUACUUUAAGCCCCGUGUGAAGUUGCCAAUGAAAUCUCUUGGUGUUACCAUAACCAGUGUAGUUCCUGGAGAUUAUGAUGGUGAUUCACAAAUGGAUGUCCUCCUGACUACCUGGGCACAAAAUCAUGGCAGAGAUGAACUUUCAGUGUAUAUUUUUUGGGGGCACAACCAAACAUUAGAUCUUAACCAUAAAACUAUGAUAAACAAGACUUUUCAUGAUGAGCCUCUAGUAAUGGACUUUAAUGGAGACUUGAUUCCUGACAUAUUUGGUGUCACAAGUGAUUCAAAGAAGCCACAGAUAUGGAUAGGAGGGAACUUGUCAUGGCACGCUGUGUUGGAAACUCAAAGUACAAUGCAUAUACCACACUCUCAUGCGUUUAUAGAUUUAAACAAUGAUUUCACUGCUGAUUUGUUUCUUACUACAUCACCCAAUUCGAACUCACAGGACAUUCAGUUUGAGACAUGGGUAAAUGAGGAUGGGAACUUCACUAAAACUGGAAUAACUAAGGAAAUGCCUAGUGGUGUGGAAAUUGUUGGACAGUCUGUGUUUGCAGAUUUUGAUGGGGAUGGACAAAGUGAACAUUUAUUACCAGUCUGUGAAGACAGAAUGUGUCAAAAAAGUGCCAUCUAUUUAACUAAGCCAGGACUGGAUCAGUGGAUUCCAGUCUUGCAGGACUUCAGAAAUAAAGACACUCUUUGGGGCUUUGUACCCUAUCAAAGUGACAAAUCUUCAACAGAAAUUUCAUUUCCAAUUACACUUCAUAUUGGAGAUUACAAUAUGGAUGGCUACCCAGAUGCUCUUGCUAUACUAAGGAACACAUCUGGAAGCAAUCAACAAGCAUUUUUGCUAGAAAAUGUCCCAUGCAGUAAUGUAAGCUGCAGGAACGUACGUCGUAUGUUUAAAGUUUUUUGGGAGCUCUCAGAUUUAAAUCAAAUCAAGGAUGCUGUGGUAGCAACCUUCUUUGACAUAUAUGAAGACGGAAUCUUGGAUAUCAUUGUGCUAAGCAAAGGAUACUACAACAAGGACUUUGCUAUCCAUACAUUAAAAAAUAACUUUGAAGCAGAUGCAUACUUUGUUAAAGUUAUUGUUCUCAGUGGCCUGUGCUCUAAUGACUGUCCUCGGAAAAUAACACCUUUUGGUGUUAAUCAGCCUGGUCCUUACAUCAAGUACACUACUGUAGAUGCAAAUGGAUACCUGAAAAAUGGGUCAGCUGGACAGCUUAGCCAGUCAGCACAUUUUGCUCUCCAGUUGCCAUAUAAUGUGCUAGGCUUGGGACGUAGUGCUAAUUUCCUUGACCAUUUGUUUGUUGGCAUUCCUCGUCCUUUAGGAGAAAAGUCCAUAAGAAGACAAGAAUGGACAGCUAUCAUUCCAAACUCCCAGCUUAUAGUCAUCCCCUAUCCUCAUAAUGUUCCUCGGAGCUGGAGUGCCAAACUGUAUCUGACCCCAAGUAACAUUGUGCUGCUAACAGCCAUAGCCUUAAUUGGUGUCUGCGUUUUCAUCCUGGCAAUAAUUGGCAUAUUACACUGGCAAGAAAAGAAAGCAGAUGACAGAGAGAAGAGACAGGAGGCUCAUCGGUUCCAUUUUGAUGCUAUGUGACAUGCCUUAAUAUUUAUGAAGGAGCUGCUAUUCAUUUGCUUAAUUGAAAUACUAAAUUCUGAUUUGUGGAAUGGUUACCAUGAAAAUAUUGCUGGUGUGCUAUUUGUAAAUGUUGCAUUAUUUGGUAUUUAUUUGGAAAAUAUUAAAAUCAGACCUGAAUGUCGUGUAAGGCCUUUCGGUUAACAGACUGUAUAUAAUAGCAUUUGGUCUUUAUUUAACAGAAUGGUAAAUUUAUUUUUCUUAGAGAAGGGAUCAAAUUGCAUGUACCAUUGUUUACAUACCACCAAUUCUUUACUAGUAUUUGAUAGAAGGAAAGCUGUGUAAAUAAAGUUUAGCAUUUUAGCAAGCAGAAUACUUUGCAUACCCCACUUGAAUUGGGCUUGUCAUUUAUACACUCCUGCAAAACAACCUGUAUUUCUGAAAACUAAGCUUGAGCAAUUUCUCAAAUGACUUGAUCGUUAUUUUGAUUGUACUAAGUGGUGCUCAGCCCAAAGUAUUCUGUAUUUUUCUUUGUUUCAAUCCAUAUGUGCAAUAGUUAAAGAAUUUAGGAAUGGAACAGCGAAAAGAAACCUGCAAUGUUAGUGCUAGUUCAGUAGCUCAUGAGAUAGGUGCAGUAUUUGUGUGUGUUGGUUCUAGAGAGAAGACAAUGCAUUAAAAAGUAAAAUUAUAAAAACCUAUCAGAAUUACAUAAAGUGCUUUUAUAAUUAAACUAUAACCACAUUAUUUUAGAAAGGCCUAAAGUCAUUAUGGAAGUAACUUUUUUAAUAUAAGAAAGGUACGGGAUUUUUUGUUUGGCUUUGGUUUUAAAGAAAUAUUUGAGAUUGGAAGGAAAACAAGGAUUGAUUCCCUACAAUUUAGUGCUAAGGAAUGAAAUAAACAAUGAUUAAAUUAAGACUAGAAGACCCAGAAUAAGCAGCUUUUGUCAUUUAGAUACACUAGUAUGCCCAAAUUUCAUAAAGCUCUAAUAAUUACAUGAGCUGAGUAGGUCAGCUAUGUUUCUAAAACGGUGAUAAUGUUAUUGUUUUCAGUGUACUUUGGAAUAGUCUCUAAAAAAAAAAAAUAAUCAUGGUUUUAUUUAAUAGCUAUUAAUUAGUGAGAUGAGUUUACAUGAUAAAGUAUGCAUUUAAAUCUGUCCUUUUGCAUUCCUAAUAAAUACUGUUUGGUAAAUUAGUACAACUUUCUCAAGCUACAAAGCAUUGGGCCUCACAGCAGUGGGUAUCAUCUCCUGCAAUCUGACACUUGUCCUGUAACCUGUUGUCCUGUAAUCCCACCUUUGCUUAUCAAAACAGCAACAGAAAAGAGAGAGCAGGUACAAAGCUGAACUGAUUAUGUCCAUCCUGAGUCACGGUGAAACAAUUUGUUACCAUGGCAGUGCUGAAGUGACCCCUUCAUACAAAAACCAAAAAAGUACUGAUAAGUGGUUUACUAUGCUAUCAAGUAUUACUAGGUAUUUCUCAUAUAUGAACUGAUCAGAUACAAACAAAGGAGACUUCCAUAUUACAUUAUUGUUACUAUUCAGGACAGCAUCCUUCUUUAAUGUACACUUUUAAAAUUUCUCUGAGUAACAGGAGAAGGUAAGAUUUUCUUUUUAGAUAAAUACUUAAUGUUAUUAGACUAUUGAAACUCCAUUGAUAAAAUUUGCUCCAGAUGACAAAAGUAGUAACAUAUUUCAUAAUUAAGAGAAAGGACAAUUCAAUAUAUUUUCCUGUCUUUUUAAGAUAGUUUGAGCAUAAGGGUAAAUGCACAAUGCCACUGUGGCAGCAAAGUUGUCUGUUGCCCUCAUCACAAUAUAAGAAACACUGAUUAGCUUCCUUAUGUUUUUUUGAAAAACAAUUAGGAAUUAAAUAACCUCAUGCUGACAUUUAAGCUGUUGUCAAGUUAAGAAAACAAUUAACUCAGUAUCUUUUACAUUGAGGUAUUUUGCAUGCUCAGUGGUGCAUCGCAGCAUCAUUUUGUAUACAGUACAGUAUUGGCCCUUUAAUAGCUUUCUUAAAAUAAAGUUUAUGACAAGUUCUAACUACUCACAGCUUGGCUCACAACAGUAUAUGCAUACUAUUUUAAAUUAAGGCAUUAAAUAUUGUUAAACCUCUU